AUGGCCACCCCUAGUGUUCUCACCUUUGACGCUGAGGGUCGGGCUUUUGACUUUGAGGUCUGGGUAGAUGAUCUGCAGCUCUUCCUACAGUGCGAUAGGGCACACGGUCUCUCCCUGUUUGACCUCACUUCUGGUGCCUCUCCUGCCCCUGCUGCUGAUGCUGACGCCACUGUUCACUCACAGUGGGCCACGCGCGAUGCUGCUGCCCGCCUUGCUGUGCGCCGCCACUUACCGACCGCUGAGCGUGCGCAUUUUAGUCAGUACAAGAGUGCUAAGACCUUGUACGACGCUGUAGUUGCACGCUACUCUUCCCCUGCCACUGCUGCUCUUAGUCGCCUCAUACUGCCGUACCUCUUCCCUGGCCUCGCCGCUUUUCCCACAGUCGCUGACCUCAUUACGCACCUUCGCACAAGUGACACUCGCUACCGCGCUGCGCUUCCUGCUGAGUUCUGCGCCAAGAACCCCCCCCCUAUGUACAUCACCCUCUACUACAUAGUCACCCGGCUCCCUGACACCCUUCGCUUGGUCAGGAACCACUUUCUCUCUGUGUGCCCCACCACUCUCACCGUUGACCUCCUCGAGGAGCGCCUCCUAGCAGCAGAGAAAGGUAUAGUCGCUGUAGGAGCCUCUCGUGGUGACCCUCGUACCCCUGUCUUUGAGGGGUGCUCCCCCUCUCCCCUCUUGCCCUCUCUUGCCUCUGCUGCUGCAACCGACCUCGUUGGUCUUGAGUCGGUCGGUGCGGCGUCUGCCCCUAGCGGGAGACGCCGCUCAGGCAAGGGCAAGGGGGGCAAGGGCGCUGGAGGAGCUGGCGGGGGUGGUGGAGGUGGCGGUGGAGGCGGCGGAGGGGGUGGGGGUGGCGGUGGGAGUGGUGGCGGGGGUGGGGGUGCUAGUGGCGGCAGUGGAGGCAGAGGAGGAGGCGGUGGUGGCGGUGCGGGCGGAGGUGGCGGAGGUGGAGGCGGUGGUGGAGGUAGCGGCGGCGGAGGUGGAGCUGGUCGGGGCGGCUCUACGCAGAGGGCCGGCUCCGGUGGUGGUCAGCGCCAGCAGCAGCAGCAGCAGCGCACUCGUGAGACCUCUUCCCCCCAGCAGCUUCGUGAGUGGUACACUGCUCGUCAACGGGGUGGGAGUGCUGGCCCCUGUACCUACGUCCUCUGUAACGGCGACCGUACGGGUGAGCAGUGUGGGGGUCUGCACUCCACCCAGCGCUGCUUCGGUCGUCUGACGGAUGCUUGGCGUCACCAGUUCCCCGACGCUACAGAGAUCCCUCGCUGGGGCGAGCUGUUUAGGGCGGGUGUUGCGAUCUUUGAUCUUGAUUAUGAUGCUAUUCUUGCUGCCAUGUAUGCUGUGACUAUUAGUGAUGAGGGUGACUGUUACCGGUGUUUUCCGCCUGACCCGGGCAUUGUUGCUGCUGCUCUAGGUGCUGGUGAGGCUGCUGCUCUAGGUGCCAGUGAUUCUGCUACCCCAGGUGCUGGUGAGUCUGUGCUCUCAGGUUCCGCGUCGGCUACGGCCACCCACACCUUCACCCUUGACUCGGGUGCUUCCCGCUACUUCUUUCGAGACCACACCACGCUCAUGCCGCUUAGUCGGCUAGUGACAGUCUCCCUGGCAGACCCCUCUGGGGGUCCUGUCCUUGCCCACUUCUCCACUAUCCUACCGUGUCCAGGGGCCCCUUCUGGCACCCUGUCUGGUCUUGACCUCCCUUCGUUCUCUACGAACUUGGUGAGUGGUGCUGACCUCCAGGAUGCAGGGGUUCACCACAGUCAGCGAGCGACCCACUGUACCUGUGCUCAGACGGGCCGUCACUCGGCCACGUUUACCCGUCAGCCGGGGUCGAGCCUGUACACACUGACUACUGAGUCUCCUCCAGUCGCUCAGUCUGGUCAGGUAGCUACGUCAGGUCAGGUGUUUGCUGCGGCGUCCAGGUCUGGCCCUGAGUCUGCCCCCUGCUUGUGUCGUCUCCUGUCUCACCAGACUCUCCUCUGGCACCACCGCCUUGGUCACCCCUCCCUGCCUUGUCUUCGAGGCAUGGCUUCCCAUGUCCUUGUCUCUAGUCUUCCCCGGUCCCUCCCUCCCCUUCCUCCGGGGCCUGCCCCCACCUGUGUUCCCUGCGUUGAAGGGCGGCAGCGCGCUGCUCCUCACUCCUCCGAGUUCCCUCCGACAGAGGCUCCGCUGCAGACGCUUCACAUGGACGUGUGGGGGCCAGCCCGCGUCCGUGGACAGGGUCACGAGCGUUACUUUUUGCUGGUGGUUGAUGACUACUCGCGUUACACCACGGUCUUCCCUUUGCGCCGCAAGGGUGAGGUCACUGAGGUGUUGACUUUCACGCUUACGGACUCUCCACAGCAAAAUGGGAUUGCUCAGCACCGCAUUGGCAUGGUCAUGGACGUCGCUCGUGCGUCCAUGGUCCAUGCGGCUGCCCCCCAUUUUCUGUGGCCGUUUGCGGUUCGGUACGGGGCGCAUCAGAUCAACCUUCAGCCCCGGGUCUCCAUGCCGGAGACUUCCCCUACUCUGCGGUGGACGGGGAAGGUUGGCGAUGCGUCUGCGUUCCGUGUCUGGGGAUCUCGGGCCUUUGUUCGCGACUUGUCUGCGGACAAGCUGUCCCCUCGUGCUGUUCCCUGCGUCUUCCUUGGCUUCCCCCCUGAUGCGCCAGGCUGGCAGUUCUACCACCCCACCUCGCGCCGUGUUCUGUCCUCCAAGGACGUCACGUUUGACGAGUCGGUUCCCUACUACCGUGUGUCCCAGGUAGACGAAGUCGAGCCUGUCGAGGUAGCUGUUGACUCUGGUGCUGCUAGGGGUACCGAGCCUGCGGGUGCGGGGUCUGGGGGUGCUAAGCCUGCGGGUGCGGGGUCUGGGGGUGCUGAGCCUGGGGGUGCUGCGUCUGGGGGUGCUGAGCUUGGGGGUGCCUCGCCUGGGGGUGCUGAGCCUGGGGGUGCUGCGUCUGGGGGUGCUGCGUCUAGGGGUGCGGAGUCCGAGGGUACUGGGCCUGCUCGUGAGCUUCGUGAGUGGUUUGCCCGACGCUGGAGGCGUACUGCUGGAGCUGGAGAAACUGCAGGCGCUGGAGGUUCUGCUGCUGCUGAGGGUGCUCGUGCCACGGGUCCCAGAGGUGCUCGUACUGGGAGUACUGGAGCUGCUGGGCCUGCGGGUGCUUCUAGUACUGGAGCUGGUGGUGCUGCGGGCGUCGGUGCUACUGGGGGUGCUAGAGCUGGUGGACCUGCUGUAUCUUCUGGUGGUCCAGCUGGAGCUGGAGCUGCUGGGGGUGUUGGCGCUGAGGGUGUUUCUCGUGCUGGUGCCUCUAAGGGUGCUGGAGUUGGCGCUGCUGGAGCUGGGGGUGCUGCUGGCGCUGGUACUGUCGUUCGGGGUGCUGGUGCUAUCCCUUCUGGUGCUAGUGGUGCUGAGCGGCCGCGGCCGUACUUCGUUCCGCUCCUUGAGCAGGUUCUUGGUCUUCCGCCCUCUGCUAGUCCGGCUCCUCCCUUAGAGUGUCCACCGCCUUUCCAGUCCGAGUCACAGUUACAGCCUACCUCUCCUCUGCCUGCUCCUUCUCCCUACGCUGGUCCUACCGGAGGUCUUGCUGAGCGUCGUGAGCAGUCUCGUCCUGCGUCGCCUGUCCGUGCUGCUCGCACUAGUCGUCAUGGUUCGCAUCAGCGUCCUCCCCCUAUCCCCGGCACGCACCGGAUGUCUCUGCGUCUGUCCACUGCUCCUCUGCGUGCCCCUUUGCCUUCUCCUCUUGAGUCCGCUCUUCCUGCUCUUGCUGACCCGGAGUCGGACUCCCUUCGUGUUGCCCGUCCUACUGUCACCCGUCUCCUUGCUACUAUCAACACUGACCCUUCCUUUGAGUCCACUGCUGCGUCUGCCCUAGUUGCUGAGCUUGUCGACUUCGCUGCUCGCUGUCGCCUAGACUACACUGCUAGUCUUAUCGCUGAGUCUGAGUCUGUCUGUCCUCCGUCCGUCGGGGACAUCCCGACUCCGCGCUCUUACGCGGAGGCGAUAGAGGGUCCCUACUCCUCUCAGUGGCAGGCAGCCAUGGACGUAGAGAUGGCUUCCUGGAAGUCCACAGGCACCUACGUUGACGAGGCUCCCCCGCCUGGGGCGAACAUCGUCAGUGGCAUGUGGAUUUUCAGGGCACCUCGUGAGUGGCACGACACACUGAGGACUACACUUGCGGCUCUUGGGUUUGCUCCUUCUACUGCCGACCCGUCGCUGUUUCUGCGCACCGACACUUCUUUGCCGCCGUUCUACAUCCUCGUGUACGUCGACGACUUGGUCUUUGCCACAGCUGACACUGCUGGACUCGCCUACGUGAAGUCCGAGCUGCAGAAGAGACACACGUGCACAGACCUAGGUGAACUGCGCAGCUACCUUGGCUUGCAGAUCACCGGGGACAGAGCAGAGCGCACCAUCACCCUUACCUAG